AUGGUGCGUCAUAGUUCGGCGGCCCCCAGUCCAACCCCUGGGGGACAGACCACCUUGGGCUCCUCGAUCUAUCCACCAGAGUAUAUAUGGAACUCCCUCUCCGACUCCCAGCGGGACUCAUUCAUCUCUACUGUGUCCGCGUCUCUUGUUGCGGGCGACGGGCAGCGCAAGCGCCCACGUUUAGACCUCACGGGGGAGGAGGAUGCUGACGACGGUAGGGUCCCAUCUCUUGUUUUGCCAGUCCUCCCCCGCUUCCCAGGUCUCGAUCGUGCUGCUAUUAUUGCCGUUUUCGAGCACACCUUCCGACCAAAGAAGGACCUCAUAAAAUUCCGUAGCCCUGAGUUCAAGGCCUCGGCACCGGAUGGCGAGUCCUUCGAUCUAAAAUCCACAUCAUCUGGCCUGCAAUUCCGCAAGGUAGUCUCAAUCAAGGACUGGGGAAAUGACGUUUCCCUCUGGGCCCAUUGCUUCAGCAAUUACAUCGCUGUCUGGUGUGAUUUCUUCGCUGCUAAGCACCCGUUAUGCAUCAGUGGAAUGGUCCUCUUCCACCGCCGCAUUUGCGACCUUGCCAGGGCAUAUAAAUGGCAGGAUUGUAUCCUGCAGAUGGCCUUGGACCACCACCAGAUGGUCGUCGAUAAAGGCGACCUUACCGUUUCUCUCAGUGACUGGGAAAUUGGGAAAGCCCUCGAGAGCUCCUACCUUCGCCCGGACAACGUGCUCCCAGCAAAGACGACACCGGCUUCCCCAACCACGCGCUCAACGCGCUCUACCGCUGCCCCAAAUAACGAUACUGUCGUUUGUGAAAAGUUCAACUCUUCUGCUGGCUGCCACUGGCGAACGUGUCACCGAAGACACGUCUGCUCUAAGUGUGGCAACGACCACUCUAUAUUUGAGGUCUUCGACCCUUCCCUCCCGCCUCUGCGUGAUUCCGCUUCUCCCUUCAUCGCCUCAGCGUGGAAAACCCUCCUCGAACGUUAUCCUGGCAACCUAGGGACUAUUUGCAGCGGCAUCCUUACGUUCGGCUGCCGCCUCGGUUGUACGACCGUGCCAAGAUACCGUCGAACUCCUAAUCACCGCAUCGAGGAACACUCCCUUAUCACCCAGAAGCUCUCUAAUGACCUAUUAUGUCGUCGGGUACAACUACCUACUGGCCCCGUCGUUGUUUCCCCACUGGGGCUGGUACCCAAACACGACGGAAGCUGGCGCCGUAUCCAUGAUCUCUCCUACCCGCCGGGUCAGAGUGUCAACGAGUCUAUCCCCGACGCUGCUUCUACUAUACAAUACAUCUCUAUGGAUGACAUCUUUGAUCUCAUACGCACGUCGGGACGAGGGUGCUAUAUCAUCAAACACGACAUCAAGGAUGCCUUCCGUAACAUUCCCGUCGCUCCCGCUGACCGGCCUCUCCUAGCCUUCUCGUGGGAGAACAAGACAUACAUGGAGUGCUGCCUCCCAUUCGGCCUUACAACUGCACCCUUCAUCUUUAACCUUUUUGCCGAGGGCCUUAACUGGCUCCUAAGCGCUUGCUUGCCUUUGGCCUCUGUCGCUCAUUACCUUGACGAUUUCAUCACUAUUUUCCCUUCCUCCGCAGGAAGUCUCUCCAAAGCCCUUACCGCUUUCAAUACCGUAUAUAUUCCUCUCACGGAUGCGUUAGGCAUCCCACGGAAUGACUCGAAAGACGCCGCGGGUACCGUGGUCAGUGUCCUUGGGGUCGAAAUCGACACCACACUCCUACAGGCCCGAAUGCCUCGCGAUAAGCUAGCACGCGCAUCUUCCGAAGCCGCGUCGCUACUACAGCUAGAUCGCGUCUCGCAUAAAGCUUUGCAACGUGUAGUCGGUUUCCUCCAACACUGCUCAAUGGUUAUCCGUCUCGGCAGAGCCCGCCUUCAGUCGCUCUACAGCGACCUCGCAUCCUUUCCCUCCCACCAGCGCUCCGUUCGCCGCCUAUCCCAUGAUAGCCGCGGGGAUCUUGCGUGGUGGAGGGACACUCUCCCGUUAUUUAACGGCAUCCAUUUCUUCGAGAAGAGCCGCCCCCUAGUUGCCCUCUACACAGACGCGUGCGACUCAGGUCUGGGCCUCUUCUUCUUCUAUGCGCCCUCAUGGGACUCCGCCAGGGACUGGAUGUCUGCAGCACCUCACCUGCCUUCCACCCAUACGGCUAUCGUGGACGCCUCCUCCGCCUGCGGCGACGUGGCCCACAUCAACAUCAAGGAGGUCUCCGCAAUCCUGCAGGCCUUCCUCAUACAUAGCCCCCAUUGGGCUCAUCAUCUUGUCCUCGCUUUCACAGACAGCGCCGUCGCGUUUCAUGGCCUGUCUAAGCAGGCACUCCGUGGGCCGGCUCAUCGCCCCCUGCUCAUGCUUUUCAGCAUAGCAGCCGCCCUUGAUAUCGAAGUCCAGCCACACUGGCUACCUUCAUCGGAGAACCUACUAGCUGAUGCUCUGUCCCGUUCCGAUUAUAGGAUCAUCGCUAAUAUUUGCCCACAGUGGACGAGCUCCUUUCCCUUGCUCCGCCAACCUGGUUCUCUCGACAGCCUAUUUUCGUGA